AUGAAAAGUUCAGUUUUUGCAAUUUUCAUCAUGGUCGCCUUGACGGCAGUCCUGAUGAUUACAAGCUCCGCAAGUAAGGUCAAGGCUCUUUCAAUCCCAAAGGAACUGCCAUCGAAUGUGCUUGCGUUUGUGGAAGGUUUUUUGCUGGGUAUUGAGGCUGAUGUGGGAAAUGUAACAGCUUGUACGAGGGACGCAACCAUCACCCUCAACGAUUUCGACAAUGCGUUUUACUCUUUGGAGUACGGAUUCAAAAAGAUGAGUCCUCAACUCAUUGAAACUGGUUUGCAAGAGCUUGCUGCUGGUAUUGAGGAAAUCAAGCAAGGUAUCGAAGAUUGCAAUAUUAAAGGCAUUAUUAAGCAAAUUGAGUCGUUGAUUGCUCAACUCAAAUCCGGAACCCUUGGUGUUGUGAAAGUUCUCGUCCAUGAAGCGAUUAAUAUUUUCCAUAAUGGUCAAAACAUUACCACAGAAUUUAAAAACGCAAUUCAAUACUGGAAAGACAAAAAGUAUGAAUUGUGUGGUGUACAGGUGGGCAUGAUUGUUGGUGUCUUGUUGGAAUAA